UGCUCUUUGUGUACGUUGACGCGCUGUAGCUCGGGGUCUGGAGGGAGAUAACGAAGCUGCCGCUGCCGACAAACCAGCAUCUACCCCCCGGGUGGCCGAUGUGCAAACGCGGUGUGAACGCGAGGCAGCGUCCGUGCAGCGAGCAGCGUUGAUCCGAGGCCCGGCCCGACCCGCCUCCCUCCCGCGCAUCCGUCAAUGGGAGCUCGGUAGCCUGCUAACUCCAACACGACGACGACGACCAUGAUGAUGAUGAUGCAUCAGUGGAUUUAUCCCGGUGUCUCCGACUGAGAUGGAGCCAGCGACGUGCGAGCGGAGCUGCCUGCUAGCUAGCUAGCGAGCUAACGGUGCUCGCCCCCCCAGCGGCCCCGGAUAACGUUAGCCUAAAUGGGUGCAACCGCGGUCUCGCCGUACGGGGUUUGCUGCAACAUCGACGGACGUUUUCAGGCGCUGUCCCCGGGUUCGAUCGAGAGGAGAGGGACCAUGUCGACAUAGCGAGAACCCGCUAACCGAACCGUUCCAGGAUAGCCACACGUGAUCCGGUUGAUCUCGCUCCCUCCGGCAAUUACCUUCAUCCCCGGCCGCCCUUGGAUGCUUCAGUGACGUUACGCGGACGGUGUGUUUCAGGAUGGCACAGCUCUUGGACGGGGCCGGCAAACUGGGCUGGGUUCUGCUCACGGCUGCGUUCCGGUUCGUGUUCAUGGUCCUCAACAACUGCGUGGCCAUCCCGUCCUACUGCCUGUACCUGCUGCUGCUCCAGCCGCUCAGAAUAUGGGACCGCUCCAUGUUCUGGCACAUCGAGGGGCUCAUGUUCAAGUGGAUGCUGGCCAUGGUGUCCUCCUGGGGCUGGAUCGCAGGCUACACAGUAACAGAGUGGGGCGACGACGUGCGGCCCAUUACAGAAGAGGAAGCUAUGGUCAUCGUCAACCACCAGUCCACAGGAGACGUGUGCACCCUCAUGAUGUGCCUGCAGGACAAGGGCACGGUGGUACAAAAAAUGAUGUGGUUGAUGGACCAUGUGUUUAAAUACACCAACUUUGGCCUGGUUUCCUUGAUCCAUGGGGACUUCUUCAUCAGACAGGGUAAAGCCUACAGAGACAAGCAGCUGAUCUACCUGAAAGAUCACCUAGACCAAUAUUACCACAGCCGCGACAGGAAGUGGAUAGUGCUGUUCCCAGAGGGCGGCUUCCUGCGCAAGCGGCGGGAAACCAGCCAAUUAUUUGCCAAGAAGCACUCGCUCGCCCACCUGAACCAUGUCACGUUGCCUCGCCUCGGGGCCACGCAGGUUAUCCUGAAAACCCUCUCCGCCCAGCAGGAGAAUGGCAGCGUGGGCAUCGAGACUGUGACCGCCAACCAGAUAGGUAACAAGCGUCAAGGCCUGCAGUGGGUAAUAGAUGUGACCAUAGCAUACCCUAAAGCCAGACCCAUGGACAUCCAGACCUGGAUCUUUGGCUACAGGCCUCCUACAGUCACACAUGUACAUUACAGGAUGUACCCGAUAAAAGAGGUUCCCGUGGAGGCAGAGGCCCUGACUGACUGGCUCUACAAGAGGUUUGAGGAGAAAGAAGAGCUGCUGACCUACUUCUAUGACAAAGGAUCCUUCCCGACCCUGGACGGACACAAGUCAGCAGUCUCCCGGGAAAUGACCCUGGACCCCGUGUGGCUGUGCAUCAUCCAGUCGUUUGCGUUUGCCUCCGGCUACAUGUGGUACAGCGUCUUCCUGUACCUCUACUGCUGUCUAUUCUGAGUGCGCUGAUGAGCUGAGAGUCUUAAUCGGACCACUGGAAAAGCCUCAGGAUCGUUUGGUGUGUGGCCCAGCGUCGCGCUCGCCCCCUACGAUGGAUGAAUGUACAUUUGCAGCAGCGGAGCGACUCACCAGGAAACAAUAAGCAUAUGAAGUACACACACACAAACACAAACACACAGAUUAAAGAAACCCAUACAGUAUGAAACAGGUCACAGGCAUAGUUAACGUACACACAACCCUAACGCCACACGUACUCGCGCCUGCGGCCUCGCAGAAGAAUCUCUCGCACUCGUCACAACUCACAUUUUGAUGUUUACACGUAGACGCUGACACGUACAUGACUUUUUAUUCAGAGUUAACGAAACGAGGCUCAGGACUCCUCCAGAAGACGCCCUGGACCAGACUCUCCCGCUCCACCCCCCACCCCCUCCCAUCCCAGGCUUUAGCCGUGGUAGUUUUACAGAGUGUAAAUUGUGUGUAUGGACGCGUGUGUGUGUGAGUGAAUACAUGUGAUUUAGAAGCGUAAUGUCCGCCCCUACUCUUCAUCCUGGCAAGAGUUGAUGAAGCCCACUGGACGUCUCUUGCCGCCCGCUGGCGACCCGGCUGGCCGCACCUUUCCGGAGCGAGAGGCUGUUUGAACUUUGAGGCUGCGCCGCCGGCCGCUCGUCUGGCCUUCAUUGCACUAAGGAAUCCAUACUGCCCUGACUGCUCCCUGCCCCAGGAAGAGGCUCCUGAACGGUAGCUGUGGAUGUUUUGUUGUUGUUUGUUUUCUUCCCUUUAAAACCUGCAUAUCACCACAGCUACAGCCAUCGUUACUUGUUUUCUCUUUUUUGUCAUCGUGACUUCUUUUUCCUGUGUCCUCCUUUUUGUCGAGGCAGUAUUCUGAGCUCACUGAGAAAAUAGAGGGGGGGGGGGAUCAUGUUUACACUGGCGGCCCUGCUGAAAGCCUAAAGAGACGGUGGCUAUGAUUCAGCGCUUGAUUUAAGGAUCUUUUUUUCCUGUUUCGUAUGUGAAGGGAGGACGAGGAAGGCUAACUCGAAAACAAAACAAACAAACAAACAAAACAAAGAAAAAAAAAAAAUCUGGUUGCAAGGACUGCAAUCUGAUCACCUACAGACUAACUCCCUCUUCGGUGGAUCCUCUUUUUCACCCUCUGCUCUCCGACACACACACACACACUGGCAGACUCACAACCAUGUGCAGCUACACAGCGGAGUAGACGUGUGUCUCCAGGAUCAUCUCAACGAGUCCGACUGAUGAGGACACAGAAGACUCUUACUCCCCCGUUGGACUGAAUAGUUUUACAAAUAUUUAAGCCAUAUGCUUAGUGUUUUUGGGGGUGGGGGGAAAAGACAUCGGGGGGGUGGGGGAAGAAAAUAUAAUUUGUUUUUUAUAGGAAGCUACCCAAAUGUUCAGCAUUCUACGAUAGACAUUGUUGGCUUACAGAACUAUAGGUGUCAUUACUGUAAAUUUACAGCAUAACCUGCCUAACUGAGUGUGUGUGGUUGUUGUCCCCCCCGCCCCCAUUUUUUGAUAUAUAUGAAUUAUGUCGUGUCGCUCUGUGACGUCAGAGAGCGGCGGCAACUUUACCACAAGUGGUCAAAAGUUUCUAUUUCUUUUUAAAUGACUUGAACUUUGGUCUUCAUGUCACUGUAUGUUUUAAUCUUGUACAUAACGAAGCUGAGGAAGAGUCUUUCCAUGUUGAGACGAUGAAGAUGACUGCAGCGUUCUUCUCUCUUUUGGUUCCGCGAUAAUUUCAGAGAAUUUUUAGUUUCAAUGGUCCUGAAUGUUUUUAAAAGAAGAAGAGGAAGAAGAAGAGAGCAAGGAUUGUUCUCCCUUCUCCCUAACACUUCUCAGUGUUAUCCUCCUGUAUGUUUUCUUUCUUUUAAUUCCAAACUCCUGAGCAGGAAGUAGAAUUUCAAGUCAUUACAGCUACUGUAUGUUCUGGCCGUUUGCACAGUUUCAAACUUAUACAAUUGUACAUUUUAAAAUCGGUGGAAAGACCGCGUCUAUCAGUACUAACCCCUGAUGUCCUGGUCGACCCCAAAUCCCUCAGAAGAAGCCGUUUCCUCCCUCUGUCUCUCUCGCUCGCUCGCUCGCUCUCUCUCUCUCUCUCUCUCUCUCUCGCUCUCGCUCUCGCUCUCUCUCUCUCUUUUGACGAACGUUUGAUGUAAAGACAGUUUCGAGGAGUCGAGCUCAAGCUGGGUCAGCGAGGACGAGACCGCUCCUCGGCUACAAGGGAAGCUCCGGCAGAACCACGCAGCUGUUCUCUCUCGAAUGUACUUGUGUUGUGGUGUCGAGGUCAACUCUCUGUAAUUUGCUUAGCCUGCUUUAACGAGGAAAAAGUGUGGAGGAGCAGCUCUCUGCGUGCACCACUGUCGGUCGAAACCGUGUGAGAUUCAACAUAAGGGCUACCUGAUCGGGUAGGUGGGUAACAUUUUAAAUUAUAGGCUGUAGAUGUGUUUCAUCCAGCGGCCCUUUCAGAUUCCCCUCCAACGUGAGAGUGACUGCAAAUGAAGCUUCAUUGCUUUUUCUUUCUUUUUUUUCUCAAUUUUGUUUUUUAUUUUGUUUUAUGACCAUGUUUCCAAAGAAGGCAGGGAAAUAAUGUUUUCCUAGAUGUGGCUUUAGGAAAUAAACACAAUAGGGAUUUAAACAAAUUAUACUAGAACUGUCUGUAAUUUUCCAUUUUGUACUCCUUUAAUUCCUAGCUACACAGCCAUUUUACAACACAAAAAACUUGUGCUGGAAUAAAACAUCAUAAAGAUCCUAA